AUGUGUUUGAUAAAACUUCCUCUUUACAAAGGAACGCGAGAAAGGCAAGUUUUAUAUUGGCCAACAAAAUUGCAAAGCAAAACAAGUCAUUCGCAGAAGCAGAAUUUAUCAAAGAUUGUAUGGUUGAUGCUGUCAGCGUUGUGUCCUGAAGUUAAGUCAAAAAUAGAAGCCAUUUCCCUGUCACGAAGAACUAUUGUUCGUCGCAUUGAUGCAAUUGCCGUGAAUAUUCAUGAACAGCUGUUAACAGCCAGUGGUCGAUUUCAGUGGUUUUCUAUUGCUUUAGAUGAGAGUACUGAUAUUCAGGAUACUGCUCGGUUACUCAUUUACAUCAGAGGAAUUGACGAAAACUUUGAAAUUACAGAGGAAUUGUUAUCUAUGGAGUCUCUCAAAGACACUACUACUGGAAAAGAUUUGUUCAACAGUGUCAUUAACAGUUCAAUCAGGUCUAGAUUAACCCUAAAUAAACAGGCCAGCAUUACAACCGAUGGAGCUCCUUCACUCACCGGUAAACAUUCCGGCCUUGUGAAGUUGUUGAAUGACAAAAUCAAAGAAGAUUUCCACUACACAGUGUGUUGUCUUUUCACUGCAUCAUACAUCAAGAAAGCCUUUGUAAGUCAUCUUUAA